AGCAUGCUGGAAACCAGGAGAGCUUCAGUCAGGCUCUGGAGCGACUGGGAGGAAACAACUCUGAACUGGGAGCUGCUUUCGUUAAGUUUUCCUGCCUUGUUAAAGACCUUGCCGCUCUGCUCAAGAACCUGCUGCAGAGUUUGAGCCAUAACGUGGUCUUCACUCUGGACUCGCUGUUGAAAGGAGAUCUGAAGGGAGUUAAAGGGGACCUGAAGAAACCCUUUGAUAAAGCCUGGAAGGACUACGAGACCAAGUUCACGAAGAUCGAGAAGGAAAAGAGAGAACACGCUAAACAACACGGGAUGAUCCGAACUGAGAUCACAGGAGCUGAAAUCGCUGAAGAGAUGGAGAAAGAGAGGAGGCUGUUCCAGCUGCAGAUGUGUGAGUAUCUGAUCAAAGUCAAUGAGAUAAAGACGAAGAAGGGCGUGGACCUGCUGCAGAACCUAAUCAAGUACUACCACGCUCAGUGCAAUUUUUUUCAGGACGGUUUGAAGACGGCCGACAAACUGAAGCAGUACAUCGAGAAACUGGCUGCCGACCUGUUUAAUAUCAAACAGAGUCAGGACGAGGAGAAGAAGCAGCUGACAGCUCUCAGAGAUCUCAUCAAGACCUCCUUACAGCUGGACCAGAGGGAGUCCAGGAGAGACUCUCAGAGUAAACAGAGUGGUUACAGUAUGCACCAGCUGCAGGGAAACAAGGAGUUUGGCAGCGAGAAGAAAGGAUACCUGCUGAAGAAGAGCGACGGGCUGAGGAAGGUCUGGCAGCGAAGGAAGUGUUCAGUGAAGAGCGGUGUCCUCACUAUUUCUCACGCUACGUCAAACAGACAGCCGGUCAGGUUGAACCUGCUCACCUGUCAGGUAAAACCCAGCACAGAGGACAAGAAGUGCUUCGACCUGAUCUCCCACAAUCGGACGUACCACUUCCAGGCUGAAGACGACUCGGAGUUCGUCAG